GCUCGGGAGAAGGCAUGGGACGGGCUCCCAGCAGCGGCUGCUCGGAUUUGCCGUGAGAACUCGUCUUUCCUGCCUCUUCGCUUCCCCGUUCGGUCGUUGGGCGGCAGAUCGAAAGCGGGAGCUUUCCCAUCGGACUCACGAGAGAGAGAGGGAGAAAGAGAGAGAGAGAGAGAGAGAGAGCGCUAAAAGAAAAUAUGAGGGGCCGUCGACCAGUCUGAGUCCGAGCAGCGAAUGCCUAAGCAGGAGGAAGAAAUGUGGCCGAGAGGUUGAAGCAUGCACCCAGCCAGAGUGUGAAGAAAGCGGAGAGAGCCCUUUGCUAGGAGCCCAUGGACUCUGCCAUGGAAGACAGCAGGAGGUUCUUGUUUCUCCUCCUUUAUCUUCGCCUGGGUGUCCUUCAGACUUCCCAGCAAGUGUUCAGGAUCGGGGGGAUAUUUGAAAUGGUGGAAAAUGAACCUGUUAAUGUUGAAGAACUAGCUUUCAAGUUUGCAGUCACCAAUAUUAACAGAAACAGAACACUGAUGCCUAAUACUACAUUGACCUAUGACAUCCAGAGAAUUAAUCUCUUCGAUAGUUUUGAAGCCUCAAGAAGAGCAUGUGACCAGCUUGCUCUAGGGGUAGCUGCACUAUUUGGACCAUCCCACAGUUCAUCAGUCAGUGCAGUACAAUCUAUUUGCAAUGCACUUGAAGUUCCACAUAUUCAGACACGAUGGAAACAUCCAACAGUGGAUCUCAAAGACUCUUUUUACAUCAACCUCUAUCCAGACUAUGCAGCCAUCAGCCGGGCAGUUUUAGAUUUGGUGCUACAUUACAACUGGAAGAUAGUAACAGUUGUAUAUGAAGACAGUACAAGUCUAAUUCGUCUGCAAGAGCUCAUCAAAGCCCCUUCAAGGUAUAACAUUAAAAUUAAAAUACGCCAAUUGCCCUCUGGAAAUAAGGAUGCUCGGCCAUUACUCAAGGAGAUGAAGAGGGGCAGAGAGUUCUUUGUGAUAUUUGAUUGUUCACAUGACACAGCAGCUGAAAUCAUGAAACAGGAUUUGUUUGCACUAGACCUGGAACCCUAUAGAUAUAGUGGAGUUAAUAUGACUGGAUUUCGUCUGCUCAACAUUGACAAUACACAAGUGGCUUCUGUUGUUGAUAAAUGGUCAAUGGAAAGAUUACAGGCACCACCCAGGCCAGAGACGGGACUCCUGGAUGGCAUGAUGACUACAGAAUCAGCUUUGAUGUACGAUGGUGUUUACAUGGUAGCAAUGGCAUCCCAGUGGGCCUUCCAAAUGACAGUCAGUUCCCUCCAGUGUCACCGGCAUAAGCCAUGGCGGUUUGGAACUCGCUUUAUGAAUCUGAUAAAAGAGGGCCACUGGACUGGUUUGACAGGACGGAUUUCUUUCAACAAAACAGAUGGUUUAAGAAAAGAUUUUGAUUUGGAUAUCAUCAGCCUGAAGGAAGAUGGAAUGGAAAAGGUGGCUGGUGAAGUUUCUAAUCAUUUAUAUAAAGUUUGGAAGAAGAUUGGAAUUUGGAAUUCAAACCGUGGCCUUAAUAUGACUAACAGCAAUAAAGACCGGUCUACCAAUAUAACAGAUUCACUAGCAAAUCGGACACUCAUAGUCACCACUAUUUUGGAAGAUCCCUAUGUCAUGUACAAGAAAUCUGACAAACCUCUCUAUGGUAAUGAUAGAUUUGAAGGUUACUGCCUGGAUUUAUUGAAGGAGUUAUCAAAUAUUUUAGGCUUCAUCUAUGAAGUAAAACUAGUAUCUGAUGGAAAAUACGGAGCCCAGAAUGACAAAGGAGAAUGGAAUGGAAUGGUUAAAGAACUCAUAGAUCAUAAAGCUGACCUGGCAGUUGCUCCCCUCACUAUUACCUACGUAAGAGAAAAAGUAAUAGACUUUUCAAAGCCAUUCAUGACGCUGGGAAUCAGUAUUUUGUACCGGAAGCCUAAUGGCACAAAUCCUGGGGUUUUCUCGUUUCUAAAUCCUCUUUCUGCUGAUAUUUGGAUGUAUGUGCUGCUAGCCUGCCUGGGAGUCAGCUGUGUGCUCUUUGUCAUUGCACGGUUUACACCCUACGAGUGGUAUAACCCCCACCCAUGCAACCCUGACUCAGAUGUGGUGGAAAACAAUUUUACUUUACUUAAUAGUUUCUGGUUUGGAGUUGGAGCUCUCAUGCAGCAAGGAUCAGAGCUGAUGCCAAAAGCUCUUUCCACCAGAAUAGUAGGAGGAAUAUGGUGGUUUUUUACCUUAAUUAUAAUCUCAUCCUACACUGCUAAUUUGGCUGCCUUCUUAACGGUUGAGAGGAUGGAGUCACCUAUUGAUUCAGCAGAUGAUUUAGCAAAACAAACUAGGAUAGAAUAUGGAGCUGUUAGAGAUGGAUCAACCAUGACAUUUUUCAAGAAAUCCAAAAUAUCAACAUAUGAGAAAAUGUGGGCUUUUAUGAGCAGUAGGCAACUGACAGCUCUGGUGAAGAACAAUGAUAUAGGCAUCCAGCGGGUGCUUACUACUGAUUAUGCUCUGCUGAUGGAAUCAACCAGUAUAGAAUAUGUCACUCAGAGAAACUGCAAUCUCACCCAGAUUGGGGGACUCAUUGAUUCAAAAGGUUAUGGCGUAGGAACUCCAAUUGGCUCUCCUUAUAGAGACAAAAUCACUAUUGCCAUUCUCCAGUUACAAGAGGAAGGAAAGUUGCACAUGAUGAAGGAAAAAUGGUGGCGAGGCAACGGCUGCCCAGAGGAGGACAGUAAAGAAGCUAGUGCCCUCGGCGUGGAAAAUAUUGGGGGCAUUUUCAUAGUGCUUGCAGCAGGACUAGUUCUUUCUGUGUUUGUAGCUAUUGGAGAAUUUUUUUACAAAUCAAAGAAAAAUAGUGACAUUGAACAGGCCUUUUGUUUCUUUUAUGGACAACAAUGUAAACAAACUCAUCCAUCCAACUCCAUUUCUGGAACUACCUUAUCUACAGAGUUAGACUGUGGCAAAUUAAUUCGGGAAGAACAAGGGAUUCGAACACAACCCUCAAUCCAUACUGUAUAGUUAUCAUAAAGGAAAGGUGUGUUUAGCUA